CGAAAGAGCAAAAGCCCUAGAAAACAUAUUUUGACAGAAUAUAAAAGGUUAAAUAACAAAGCGGGCUGUGUAAUCUCGUUGGUCGUCAGCCUCUCCAGUCUCUCUACUCCGCCGCACAGAUCCAAGGACAAACUAAAAAUGGUGACGGCCAAGAAAACGAAGAAGUCACACGAGGGAAUCAACAGCAGGUUGGCACUUGUAAUGAAGAGUGGCAAAUACACUCUUGGUUACAAGUCUGUCCUCAAGUCUCUAAGAGGCUCCAAAGGGAAACUGAUUCUCAUCUCCUCGAAUUGCCCACCGUUGAGGAGGUCGGAGAUUGAGUACUACGCUAUGCUCGCCAAAGUUGGUGUUCACCACUACAAUGGAAACAAUGUUGAUUUGGGAACAGCUUGUGGAAAGUACUUCCGUGUUUCUUGUCUGAGCAUUGUUGAUCCUGGUGAUUCUGAUAUUAUCAAGAGCAUUCCUGGUGAUCAGUGAUAAACCAUUCUCGAUUUUGUUUUCUUUUUCUUGCGACGUUUAUCUAUUUAUGUAUCCGAGCUUAUCUCAACUUUUAUGAGCAAAAGACUAUGUUUAGAUAUUUUGUUUUAAGUUUUCAAUGAUGAAUUUUUUUUUA